UCCCGCGCCUGCCCCUCCCCGCCGCAGCCAUUUCCGCGGAAAAACCCACCACCACCCGUUCGCACGCACGCCAGAUUUCCGGCUUCCCCAACACACCACCCUGCUAGGUCUCGCUCGCUCGAUCGAUCUCGCGCGCCUUCGCCCCGCCGGCGCCGCCACGGGCCACCGAGCUCCGACUCGGCACCCAGCUUUGUUUUUGCUUCUGAGGCAGUCGACAUCAAACAGUUUUGGCUUCUCAUUCGAUCAGCACCGAACAUUCAGCAGCUCCUUCAUGCGCUAACUAUCACUGCUGCGGAUGCAAGGCAGAAACAAACCCAGCGUUGGGCUGACCUGCACUGAAAAGCUACCAAGGGUCAAUUGGCCUAAUCAUGCUGAUGCUAUUCAGAGCUCCUCUAGUAAAGAUGAUUUUUUGAGUUCAAGUUUUUGGUUCUCUUUGCCAACACAAAGGCCUAAUCCAGAAGCAAAUUCUGAGACUAUGCUUUCUUUAAGGUAUUCUGCUUGUAAAAUUCAAGGCCCAGAACGCCUUCAAGUUCCAUGGAUCGAGAAGGCCUGGUGGUCUCUGUGCAACACUCAGGUUCCCUACAAGAGCUAUUUAAGACCUGGUUUAUCAGCAAAGGUGAAAGAGCAUGACAGGGAUCAUGCUAGAACUUAUGGAGAAGGGCUGUGUAACAUUAACAAAGUAGCAACUGUGCCCGGAAAUAGGAUCCUCUCCCAGGAAAGUAUGCAUCAACCACCUGAAAGUGGUUAUCUGGCGAACAACGGCAACCAUCAACCUGCUGGCAUCCACUCCUCUCCAAGAACUCACCUGAGCAAUCAUGUACUGCAGGCAGAUAUAAUUAGAACAACAAAUCGGUCUAGUUUUUCAAAAACUGAUGCUGAGCUAAACUGGUCUGCACCAGCUGCUUAUAACAUGUGUACCGAUGACAAGUUAGAUGCCAUGGAUGACGAUGAUAUUCUGGCGAGUAUCGACGUGGAUCGAAUAGUUAUGGAACAUUACCAAGCAACAACUACACCCAGAGGAUUAGCAUCUGAUAAUAUGUCCACUCCAUCAGGAAACAAGUGUAACUUUAAUGGCUUGGAGGAGAAUAAUUUGCCAGAAGAAAUAUCUGUAUUAUGUAGUCACCACAGCAAGCUAGCUUUUUGCCCAGAGGCAAUGUCUCAUUUGCGGGAGAUGAAGGAUGAGCUAAUUGAAGUAGCCAAUAAACUUCUUGAUGGUGAUUGUGAAUUCAACCCUGAACAUUCUGAAGAGCUUCGUAAAAGACGAGUGCAUCUGAAGAGACAAGUUGAGCUGCUUGGAGAGUACUUGGCAAGGUCAACACAAGAUGAAGACAGACUGAGAUCGCACUCAAUGGCAUCCACGACAGCUAUACAGGGGCACCAGCCCCCUAUGACUCCAAGAAGCACUUUUGUAAUGGAUGCUGAUAGAUUCCAAUCUCAGGUUUACAUCAGGAAUGGACCUGGGGCUAAUGAUUUAUGCUAUUCUUCUGUUCCAUAUUCUUAUAUGGAUAAUCUAAACACACCAGUUAAUUCUGUACGGAGAGAAUAUACCCCAAGGAUUAUAGAUAUUAACUACACCGAAGGUUCCAAUGACAAAAACUGGAGUAGUAGAAAAUUUCCAUGGACCAAGGAUCUUGAGGCCAAGAACAAAAAGGUGUUUGGAAACCGUUCUUUCCGCCCAAAUCAGCGAGAAAUAAUCAAUGCUACAAUGAGUGGGAACGACGUUUUUGUUUUGAUGCCGACUGGUGGGGGGAAAAGUUUGACCUAUCAGCUUCCAGCUCUUAUUGGUGAGGGCAUCACAUUAGUAGUUUGUCCUCUGGUCUCCCUCAUCCAAGAUCAGAUCAUGCACUUGUUACAGGCAGAGAUUCCUGCAACUUAUCUGAGUGCCAGCAUGGAGUGGUCUAAACAACAAGAGAUAUUAAGAGAACUGAUGUCUCACACGUGCCACUACAAGUUGUUGUAUGUCACUCCAGAGAAAAUAGCCAAGAGUGAUGCUCUAUUGAGACUAUUGGAACACAUGUACUCACGCGGGCAUCUUUCUAGAAUUGUUAUCGAUGAAGCUCAUUGUGUUAGCCAGUGGGGCCAUGAUUUUCGACCUGAUUACCAGGAUUUGGGUAUUUUAAAACAAAAAUUCCCAAAUACACCAGUCCUGGCCUUGACUGCAACAGCAACUGCUAGUGUUAAGGAAGAUGUUGUGCAAGCUCUGGGACUUGCAAACUGUAUAGUUUUCCGACAAAGUUUCAAUCGUCCAAACCUAAGGUAUUAUCUGAGGCCUAAGACAAAGAAGUGCCUUGAGGAUAUCGAUGGCUUUAUCCGCAAAAAUCAUCCGAACGAUUGUGGUAUCAUAUAUUGCUUGUCAAGGAUGGAUUGUGAGAAAGUGGCUGAGAAACUAAGGGACUCUGGUCACAAAGCAGCACACUACCAUGGCAGCAUGGAUCCUGCAGAUAGAGAAAAUGUCCAGGAACAGUGGAGUAUGGAUGAGAUCAAUAUAAUCUGUGCUACUGUUGCAUUUGGGAUGGGCAUAAACAAACCUGAUGUUCGUUUUGUUAUUCACCAUUCCCUGCCCAAAUCAAUUGAAGGAUAUCAUCAGGAAUGUGGACGCGCUGGUAGAGAUGGGCAGCCUUCAUCUUGUGUGUUGUAUUACCAGUAUUCUGACUAUAUUCGUCUCAAACACAUGGUUACUCAAGGAGUUGUAGAGCAAACAACAGCAGCAUCACGUAGAGGCUCGUUGUCUUCACAAGGACAAGCACUUGAAACACACAAGGAUAAUCUCCUACGCAUGGUUAGUUACUGUGAAAACGAUGUGGAUUGCAGACGACUACUUCAACUGAUCCACUUUGGAGAGAUGUUUGAUCCUUCACAUUGUGCAAAAACCUGUGAUAAUUGCUUGAAAGAACGCAGAUGGGUUGAGAAAGAUGUCACGAACAUUGCUAGGCAAUUGGUAGAGCUGGUCAAGAUGACAAAGCAGUCCUGUUCUUCAUCUCACAUUCUUGAAGUAUACAGAGGCUCUGUGAGCCAAAAUGUCAGGAAGCAUCGUCAUGAAACUUUGAGCCUUCAUGGAGCUGGGAAGCAUCUCGCAAAAGGCGAGGCCGCAAGAAUAUUGCGGCAUUUGGUAACUGAGAGAAUACUUACUGAGGAUGUCAAAAAGAGCGAUUCAUAUGGAUCAGUGUCAUCUGUCUUAAUGGUUAAUUAUACAGAAGCUGCUGAUCUUUGCUCUGGCAAGCGCAGCAUUAUCCUAAAGGUCCCAACUCCUGAGAAUGCCUCUAAGAUGGGGAAAAUUGAUGAGUCAUCAUUCCAGCAAACGAAUAAAACAGCUCAGCAGCACAAUGAAGUGGAUGAGAACCUUGCAUCGGUGCUCUACAAAACUUUACAUUCCCUUAGGAGACAGAUAUUGAAAGGGUGUGGUGAAGGAUGCCGUGCAUACCACAUAUUUAGAAAUGAAACAUUGAAGGAAAUCAGCAGCAGGGUACCAAGAACUAAAGAAGAGCUUUUGGAGAUAAACGGCAUCGGAAAGGAAAAGCUCAACAAGUAUGGGGACCUUGUGCUUGCAACCAUAGAGGACUUCCUCAGCAAGAACCCAAACCCAAGGAAGAACAGCAGUGGUGGAAGCGGCGGCAGCAAUGAGCACACCGAGGCAGCAAAGAAGCGAAGAGGCUUCACGGCCGGCAAUGCUUCAAGCAAUGGCGGUGAAGACGACUUCGAAGAACGCACGGUUCAGUCCAAGAAGCGCCCAGCGAAGACACGGAGCACCAAGCAGGGGGUAUCCGACGCCGCGAGCAUGGUCCAUGGCGCCCGCUGUAUGGACCCUGAUCUGGAUGAAGUUGAGGUGUUGGACGACGAGCUGUGCAGCGUCCAGAAGCCCGUGGCUUCUGGCAGGGCUCUGCCGAAGUGGGCGCCGGCCAAAGCCAAGAGCAGCAGCGUUCCGCCUUCUAACCUAUUCCAAGAGUUCGGAUACGUGAAGUAAGCAUUGUAGGGUACCUGUAGGAAUGUAGGAUGGCCAACCAGGCCACUUGUUAGGGAUCUUGCACAUUUGCAAUAUCUGAAUUCCACACAGCUUCAUCGAGCACAUGUAGCAAGCUACUAGUGUAACACAGCUUCUGUGAUCGAAUGGAAGCCCUGUAAAAAUGACAAAAUGUAUGUGCCACUGCAGUGAGCCAGUAAGUGACAAGUGGUAUACAGAAACUAUGCCUUGUACUUCGGUACUUGGUUUCA